AUGAUCGAUGAACUUGAUCCAGCUGAUAUACCCAUGAAUCAAACAAAUUAUUUAACACCUUAUUGUCGUCGUUCAUUAUCAAAUGAUGAUAUAAAUGAAAUAGAAGGAUAUAUAGAAAAUCGCUAUACAUUUAAAAAUUUAAGUUUACAACGAAUUACUAGUGAAGAUCUUCUCCAAUGGUCAAUAUCAAUUGAUAUAAUUGAACAAUAUUCUAUAUAUCUCAUUAAAAAUGAUACAAAAUUUGAUGAUUUUAUUUUUAAUAAUUGUUCAUCAUUAUGGUUUGGUUCGAAUUGUCAAUAUACAUUUAAUUUAAGUAUUUCUAUUGAAUCAUUUGGUGAUUAUGUAAAUGCUUCAUUUAAAGCUCGUAAACAAUAUGAAAAAAAACUAUUGAUACACACUUGUUAUCCAUAUUUAUCUGGGUGUUACCGUGGUCCUGAACCAAUGUGUUUAGAUUGGCGUGAAAUAUGUGAUGGAAAAAUUGAUUGUAUUGACGGUGAUUUUGGUGUAGAUGAAAAAUAUUGUCAUGAAUUGGAAGUAAAUGAAUGUAAUGAAGAAAAUGAAUACCGUUGUCAUAAUGGAGCACAAUGUAUUCCUUCAGAAUUUUAUCGUGAUGGUUUCACUAGUCGGGAUUGUUUAGAUGGAACAGAUGAAGUUCCACAAUUUCUUGGAUAUAUUAAUCAUCCUGACCCACCUGCUUUUAAUUGUAUAGACAAGAUAAUAUUUGCCUGUGAAGAGACAACAUGUCGUUAUUCAGGAUAUUUUUCAUGUGGUGAUGGGGAGUGCAUAUAUAACUAUGGUACUGUUUUUAAUGUUGUCGGUCGUGAUAUUCUUAGUUGUGUUGGUACAAGUCGUGAUAUCUAUUAUAGUGGAACUAUUGGCAUGUCCGCUAAACAAUAUCCAGCUGAUUGUUAUAAAUUAUUAUUUUGCAAACUUGGUUUUUAUAAUUAUAUUCAAAAUGACCUAUUUACGGAACGGGAUUGUUUACCUAGCAAUUGGUCAUCAACAAUUAAUUGCACAAUAGAAUAUUUGUCGUUUCCUCUUAAACCUCUUGUCUAUGGCUAUUUUCAGCCUGUCUAUUUAACGAAAAAUUUAAUGGAUCGUUUCGGUGAUAAAAUACCACCAA